AUGUGCUCGUAUACCUGCUAUAAACUUUUCAUCUUAUUUUUAACUUACUAUCAAAUAAACACUCAAUAUAUUCCAUUUGAUACAAUUGUAAGUUUCGGUGAUUCAAAUAGCGACACGGGCAAUGUUUAUAGUUUAACACAUCAAAUAUGGCCUAUUGUACCUCCUUAUUACCGAGGUCGAUUUACAAAUGGUCCUGUCUGGAUAGAAAAAUUAGGUGUAUCAGAUAUAAAAAAUUAUGCAUAUGGUGGUGCAACAACUGAUAAUAAUUUAGUUCAAGGUUAUACUGCAGGAGGUGUACAAGUUGUACCAGGUGUUCGUCAACAGAUCUUAAUCUACGUAAAUCAAACGAAUAAAAAUGAAAUAAAUUUUGAACGUACACUUUAUAUCAUAUGGGCUGGUGCUAAUGAUUUUUAUUUUAAUAAAUUGCUUAAACCAUCUCUUGUUGCUGAUAGUAAUGUAAAUCGAGUUAAAGAACUACUUAAGUUUGGUGCAAAACAUCUUCUUAUCGUUAAUCAACCACCUGUUCAUGCUUUACCAUCGAAUCUAACUGAAAAAGAUAUUGCUCAUCUUAAACAACGUACUAUUUAUCAUAAUAAUAAUCUAUCUGCAGGUAUUACAAAACUUAAUUAUAAUCAUAAUGAAAUUAGCAUAUAUUUAUUUGAUGUUUAUUCAUUGAUUUUAAAUAUAAUCGAUAAUAAAUCAAAUUACUCAUUGACAUCAAUGGACAAUUGUUGGAAUAUUGUAAAUGGUAAAAUAAUUACACUAUGUUCAAAUCCUGAAUCAUAUUUCUAUAUUGAUCAAUAUCAUUUUACAGCACGACUACAUGAACUUAUUGGUAAUGCUGCACGUCAAUUUAUUGGUACGUCAUCCGCUAUUACACAUCUUCCUUCUUUAAUUUAUAUUAUUUUAUGUGCAUUAAUAACUUUUAUAAUAUCAUCUUCUUCUUAA